AUGCUUGAAUCUGCAGAUUCACAGCGAACAGCAAAAAUCAUCAAAACUUGGAUGUUGUGGUUUGAAAAAUGCCGAGUUGGUGACUCUGAUGACGAAGCAACAUUUCUUGCAAGUCUAGCAAGGGUUCUCCUCAAGAAAGACAAACUAUUUGCAUCCUUUUUCACUUCUGAGGAUAUGAAAAAGCUGAGGAGAUAUCUGAUCCUUGCUUUUGUACUUCUAUCUGAACUAGAACGUGGUUCCAAAUUUUUUGAGGGUGCUAUGCUUUUUGUACUUUUUGAAUUCUGUCUUGAUGAACUACCUCUGCAUCUUCGUGGUAGGUACGGGAUAAUGAACAUUUUUUUGAGAGACCACUUUACCGAAUAUAAGAUGGACUCUAUUCUCAAGAAUAUCUGCAAACAGUUGACUGAUUCUUUGAGCAGUCAACUGAUUACUAAUGCGGCAGCCGAUCUGGUAGCAUCUCUUGUGGCACGAUUCCCAACAUCAUCUGAUAUAUUGUCCCUUUUUGUAGAAAAUCUUAUGCAACACGUAAAAUGUAUACGCUGGAAUAUCUUACGAUGGUUUGGUCGAAUAGAUAUUUCAAAGGAAGGCUGCCAGUUUCUUUUUAGAGUAAGAGAUUUGCUGCGCGAAAAGUUUGCGAAAGUUGAUGAAGAUCUUUGGCCUCCUCUUCUUUUUGAAAUCGAGGAUGUUUCUUGUAUUGAUCCUCUUUGGAACUGUAAUGAAUCAGAGGAACUGCUGUGGGAAGCUGAUCGAGCUUUAGACGCUUACCUUAAAGUAUCCAACACUCUGCAACAACGAUUUCACCAAGAGAUUGACAAAAGUGAUCCAAGAGAACUUUAUGUCCCAGCUCUGAUCCAUUCAUACUUUUAUUUGGUGAAUUUUGCUUCAUUAUUUGUUCCCAUCGUUCUCAUUUAG